AUGUCUCAAAUAGGACCGACAGGAAAUCAAAGCCGAAAAUCGCAGUCCUAUGCAGCUUCGUCGGGAAAUCUGGACCUAUUCGAUAAAACAAAAGAUCAUUUUGGAUUAAAUAACAAUCAAGGUCGGCAGGUGAUUCGGACUGAACCGACACAAGUACCAAGAUCUCGAGGACCUCUCGACAAAUGUUGUACUGUGUUUCUGUUCAUUCUUUUGGUUAUUUGCGUCCUAAUUGGCGCAGCUGCAAUCGCUCUUUGUAUAGUUUAUUUUAACACGGACAGUAGCUCGAUAGGUUAUAAAAUUGGUGGAAUUAUCCUUGGUGCAGUAACGGUAGUCGUCGGAAUCGUUUUGAUUGUUUUGACUGUGUUGAAACAAAAGACCAAACGACCAUGGAAAUAUAAGAAAGAAAAGAAUUUCUUUUAUUCGCAAGAUGCUCAAAAGACUCGGGAGAAGGAUGACCAGUUGAAUACCGAACGAAGAAUGGACAAUACCAGUCAAAUGUAUUUUGGAAAUAAUGAUAAUAGUUUAACUCGCAGUAACGUUCGCUCAGUGAACAGUAACAAUAACAAUACUCUAAACAACAGCUACGUAAUGUCGAAUACUAGCUUUGGACCAUUGAAUUUAAGUACUGGUGGACAAAAUACUAAAACUAACUAUAUGAUUCCAACACCUGUAAAUACUACUUAUAUUGAGUCGUCAGGCAUAAAAAGUACUCAUGCCAGUCCGCGAAUUAACGAUGAUCCUGAAUAUCAACCUGUGAUGUAUUCAUUAGCGAAUUCAGUCACUACUUCUGAACCAAUGGUUAGUUCAAUGGUUGAAUCAGCACCUUUACAGACAGGAAAUGUGUAUCCUGUACAGCAUCGAACGACGGUGAGAGCAACUCAACCGGAUUUAAUAACUUUUCCUGCACAAAGUCAACUGCCUGUUCCAGCAGCACGUCAAGAAUUUGUGAUGGUUAAUCAACCAAUUCAAAGAACAAAUCCAACAUAUCGACAAGAUCUGAUUUCAUUCACGGAUGAUGACCAACGAGCACUUCGAAAUCGUGGAACAUUCACUUCAUUCGAUCGACCCGUAGCAAGUACGGUCUUACGUAGUAAUCAGAGCGAUAUUACUCCAGCUAUUAAACCAAAUCUAACUGAGAAAUUUAUUGUUCGUCGUGUACCCAUUCCAACAACAAAAGUUAUUACACAACAAAUACAACAACCGGCAACUAAAGUCGUGAUUGUCAAAGUACCUAAUGUUGCUGGUCAACUCGUCAUGAAACCGAAGACGAACCAGACAGAUGAACAAUGA